CUUCUGCUUUGCAACAAGAAAUUCUCAUCAUACUUUUACUGGUUUUGACUGCAGCCGAGCAAGGUGGAACUGAUGCAGAUGGACUUCUUCUAUUCAAAAAGAUGAUUCAGAAGGACCCCAAUGGGGUUUUGUCUGGAUGGCAGCUCGAUAACAAUCCAUGCACCUGGAAGGGAGUUUCAUGCUCUCUAGAUGGAAGAGUGACUCAACUCGAUCUUAGUGCUCGUGAUCUUGUUGGGGAAAUCUCUUUUAAUCCCCUGGCUUCUCUUGAUAUGUUGUCUGCUUUAAAUCUGUCUGCUAAUUCAUUUACUAUAAAUUCAACAUCUUUGCGUCAACUUCCAUAUGGAUUGAAGCAGCUUGAACUAUCUUCUAGUGGACUUGCAGGUUUGGUUCCAGAGGAUUUAUUCUCAAAGUGCCCCAAUCUUGUUCAAGUGAAUCUUUCUCACAACAAUCUGACUGGUUUCCUGCCUGAAAAUCUCUUGGUGAAAACCGAUAAUCUGCAGGCUCUUGACCUGUCUUUUAACAAUCUAACAGGGUCAAUUUCGAAACUGAUUUUUCCAAGUUCCUUGACUUCCUUGGCUCAGCUUGAUCUGUCUGGAAACCAAAUUACAGACACCAUUCCUAUCUCACUUUCAAACUGCACAAAUCUCAAAACCCUGAAUUUAUCAUUCAAUUUGCUGACAGGAGGUAUACCAGGAUCUUUGGGUGAACUCAGCAGUCUCCAGAGAUUGGACCUCUCUCAUAAUCAUCUUACCGGUCGAAUCCCUCCCGACUUGGCAAAUGCAUGCAACUCACUACUAGAACUCAAGCUUUCCUACAACAACAUUUCUGGGCCAAUACCCUCCUUUUCCCUGUGCUCUUGGUUACAAAUUAUUGAUUUGUCCAACAACAAUCUAUCAGGGUCUUUUCCAGAUUCCAUGUUUCAGAGCCUCGCCUCAUUAGAGACCUUGCUGCUGACCAAUAAUUUUAUUUCUGGACCAUUCCCUGCUUCCAUUUCAUAUUGUAGUAGACUGCGAAUUGUUGAUCUAAGUUCCAACAAGCUUUCUGGAACCCUCCCACCAGACAUAUGUCCAGGAGCUUCCUCACUAGAACAGCUAAGAAUCCCAGAUAAUCUCAUUCGGGGAGAAAUCCCAGCUGAACUAUCACAGUGUUCAAGCCUGAAGACAAUUGAUUUCAGCUUAAAUUACAUCAAUGGCUCAAUUCCAGCAGAGCUUGGCAGGCUUGAGAAUCUUGAGCAACUGAUAGCCUGGUUCAAUGGGUUGGAAGGUAAAAUCCCUGCAGAGAUGGGGAACUGCAAGAAUCUGAAGGAUCUUAUUCUCAAUAAUAACUUUCUUAGUGGUGAAAUUCCAAUUGAAUUGUUCAAGAGCAGUAACCUUGAAUGGAUAUCCCUCACGAGUAAUGCCCUCACAGGCAAAAUCCCACCUGAAUUUGGCCUUCUGACAAGGCUGGCCGUUCUGCAACUUGCAAAUAAUAGCUUCAGUGGUCAGAUACCGAGAGAGCUAGCAAACUGCAGCAGUUUGGUUUGGUUAGACCUCAACAGCAAUAGGCUAACCGGGGAGAUCCCACCACGACUUGGAAGGCAGCUCGGGGAGAAGGCAUUGAGUGCAAUUCCUUCAGGGAACACUUUGGUUUUUGUACGAAACGUUGGAAAUUCAUGUAAAGGAGUUGGAGGCCUGUUGGAAUUUGCCGGAAUCCGUCCAGAAAGGUUGUUGCAGAUACCAACGUUAAAAAGUUGUGAUUUCACAAGAAUGUAUUCUGGUCCAGUUCUUAGCCUCUUUACACAGUACCAGACUUUGGAGUAUCUUGAUCUUUCGUACAAUGAGCUUCGUGGUAAAAUACCAGAUGAAAUGGGGGAAAUGGUGGCCUUACAAGUUCUUGUGUUAGCCCGUAACCAGCUAUCUGGAGAGAUCCCAUCAACCCUUGGCCAGCUCAGGAAUUUAGGGGUUUUUGAUGCAUCGCACAACAGACUACAGGGUCAGAUCCCAGACUCAUUUUCAAAUUUGUCUUUUUUGGUACAAAUUGAUCUCUCCAAUAAUGAAUUAACUGGGCAAAUUCCUGCAAGGGGGCAACUCAGCACACUUCCAGCAAGUCAAUUCGCAAACAACCCAGGACUCUGUGGGGUUCCCCUGCCUAAAUGCCAGAAUGACAACAACCAGCCAGCAGCAAAUCCAAACGGGGAUGGAGGCAAAGGAGGCAGAAAGCCUGCAGCUGCAUCAUGGGCUAAUAGCAUUGUCUUGGGGAUUCUCAUUUCUGUUGCUUCUGUAUGCAUUUUGAUUGUGUGGGUAAUUGCAAUGCAUGCAAGGCGAAAGGAAGCAGAGGAAGCCAAAAUGCUUAAUAGCUUACAAGCAUCCCAUGCGGCAACAACAUGGAAAAUUGACAGGGAGAAAGAACCAUUGAGCAUUAAUGUGGCAACUUUUCAAAGGCAACUAAGGAAACUUAAAUUUUCACAGCUUAUAGAGGCAACCAAUGGCUUCUCAGCAGCAAGCCUUAUUGGUUGUGGUGGAUUUGGGGAAGUGUUUAAAGCCACAUUGAAGGAUGGGUCGAGUGUUGCUAUAAAGAAGCUCAUACGAUUAAGCUGCCAAGGAGAUCGAGAAUUCAUGGCCGAGAUGGAAACUCUAGGGAAGAUCAAGCAUAGGAAUCUUGUUCCCCUAUUGGGUUAUUGCAAAGUUGGUGAAGAGAGACUCCUUGUUUAUGAAUUCAUGGAGUUUGGAAGCCUAGAAGAGAUGCUCCAUGGGAGAACAAAGACUCAAGAUCGACGUAUUCUAACAUGGGAGGAAAGGAAAAAGAUUGCAAGAGGGGCAGCCAAAGGACUAUGUUUCCUACACCACAAUUGCAUUCCACAUAUCAUACACCGUGACAUGAAAUCGAGUAAUGUGCUACUAGACCAUGAAAUGGAAGCCAGAGUUUCAGAUUUUGGUAUGGCAAGGCUCAUAAGUGCACUUGACACGCAUCUAAGUGUAAGUACACUCGCAGGAACGCCUGGUUAUGUCCCUCCCGAGUACUACCAAAGCUUCCGGUGCACUGCAAAAGGAGAUGUCUACUCAUUUGGAGUCAUACUCUUGGAAUUGUUAACUGGAAAACGGCCUACUGAUAAGGAUGAUUUUGGGGAUACAAACUUGGUGGGUUGGGUGAAAAUGAAGGUCGGGGAAGGGAAAAGAAUGGAAGUGAUAGAUCCAGAGCUGCUUUUGGUGGCUAAAGGAACAGAUGAAUCAGAAGUGGAAGAAGUUAAAGAGAUGGUGAGAUAUUUAGACAUAACAAUGCAAUGUGUUGAAGAUUUCCCUUCCAAGAGGCUUAACAUGUUGCGGGUGGUCGCCAUGUUAAGGGAGCUGAUGCCUGAAUCUGUCAAUGGGAACAACAGUGGUUGAGCCAGAGUAUUGUUUAUUGAUUAUGGUUAGUGUAAGAGCAUAAGUGUAUCGUUAUGGUGUUAAGAAUUCCUUUUAUCUACUUUUCUAUUAUUUUCUCCUUCUCGUGCUUUGUGAAUACAGCAUAACAGUUGAGUAUGCCAAAA